CUAUCUGUCACUAAUGCCCUUAUGAAUUGGAUUGUCAAAUUUACUCUCAUCAAGAUUCAAGCUUUUUGCUCAUUUGCCUAUUCGAUCUUACCAUCUGUGACCUAUCAGAUUAUCGUGAAAAAAUAACAUAAAAAUCAUGGCCGAUUCUCAAGUGUACGACAACACUACUUGCGUAGUUUGUUUUAAGACUGUCGUUUAUUUCUCAAUUGGUGAAUGUGAUCAUCCUGUCUGCUUCGAGUGUUCGACUCGCAUGCGAGUUCUGUGCCUGCAGAAUGAAUGUCCAAUCUGUCGACAGGAUCUUUCGAGGGUGGUGUUUACGGAUAAAAUCCAGCCAUAUAAAGAGCUUCGGAACCAAGAAUUUCCUGACCGACUGUUUGAAAGGCAAUUUAAGAUAGGGUUUUGUAGUGAGCAGAUAAAAAAGGCAUAUGAAAAGCUUCUGGAGAACUCGUGUUCCAUCUGCGACAAGACACCAUUCCGUACAUUUUCAAUGCUAAGUGAUCACAUGAGGAAGGUACACGAGCGACACUAUUGUGAUCUCUGUGUGAAACAUCUUAAGAUAUUCACUUGUGAGCGGAAAUGCUAUACCAGACAAGAAUUAGCACACCACCGACGGAAAGGCGAUCUAGACGAUACAUCUCACAGGGGUCAUCCCUUAUGCGAGUUCUGCGAGGAGCGGUUCAUGGAUGCUGAUGAAUUGUACCGUCAUCUCCGUAAGGAACAUCUAUACUGUCAUCUGUGCGACGCCGACGGCAGGAAUCUAUACUACGCGUCACAUGCCGCGCUGGCUCAUCAUUUCCGAACGGAACAUUAUCUAUGCGAGGAGGGCGAAUGUGCUGGACAACAUCUCACAGCUGUCUUCAGGAGCGAGAUCGAUCUUAAGGCUCACCGUGCAACAGUCCACGGCAGGGGCCUGGCCCGCGGCGCCGCCCGUCAGGCUCGAACCCUAGAACUUCAAUUCAAUAUAACGCCACAUCCGGUCGUCCGCUCCACCAGGGACCGCACUGAGCCGGCUCCUCCCCCCGCACCAAGCCCCGCCCCACCGCCAGUUACCAUUGACCCGCGGAGUGACGAACAGUUCCCAAGACUUUCUGCAGCACCCCCCGCGCCGACACCUCUACUGGCAGCGCCAAGAUCGUUGAGAGGUUCCGAAGGUCUAGCUCGUACGGAGCGUAAUUUCCCCGCCCUGGACGGUUCCCGAGCCGCCCCCGCCCCGACCUCCGCCCAAGCUUCUCGUCCAGCCGCUCCUGUAGCCGCAGCUGUGCUUAGAAACUCUUCCAAGCCCAGCGUGUCUAUUCAGCUCCACAGUCAACCUAGCGCCAGUAACUUCAGAUUGACUCAGACCAGCGGAAACCGUAUCUCUAUACCGCCGCAGAAGAAACAACAGAAUCAUUUGUCGGAUGAAGAUUUCCCCUCGCUGGGACAUCCGCGAGACGAUCAUCCUAGCAUUGGGGCUGGUACUAUACAGCCUUCCAAGGUCACCUUGAUCAACAGCGAUGAACUGCGGUCUCUCAAGAACAGUCAACAAGUCAGUCAGCCUAAGAAGUUCCAAUCCAAGUCGAGCUCGGAAGCUUUUCCCGCACUUUCAUCGUCCUCGGUACCAGCGACACCGCCGCAGUGGAUAACAGUGUCCAAAACUAAAGAAAAAUCCAAGCCUAAAGCAGAAGCGCCGGCCAAACCCCGAAACCCUGUGUUCAAUCCCGUAGCAGAUUUCCCCACUCUACCUAUCAACACCAACGCCAAGACAAAACCCAAAAAAACUCAACCCCCUCCACAGCCGCAGACAAUAAACACAUCGCAAAACGACAACUCAAAUAAAAAUAAGAAGGACAAGAAGAAGCAAAAUGCCAACGCUAAGAAAGACGUCAAAAUAGAUUACGACCUGGUGAACGGUGUGGACGAGGUCGACAUCAAGAAGGAAUACAUCGUCGCCAGCGUGAACGCCAACAACAACAGCGGGGACUCCGACAGGAAGGUUAAGACGAUCGCGACAGAUGCAACCACAAACUCUACGAAAAAUUCCUCAAGCGAUAAUUUUAAACUGGCGCCCAAGGAGUAUCCGCCGUUGAAUCCCAAAGCGGCAGAAACGCCGAGGCCAGUCCAGAAUGGAAGCGUACCUCCCGGUUUCAAGAAAAGACCGCCCUGUGACGGGAUGACGUUCACCAACUCAUCAGGACAGACCUUCCCAGCGCCGCUACACACGUACAUCCCGCCGCCGGACUUCGAACAGAGGAACCGAGCUCUGGUGAAGAAGUUCGCCGUCGCACUCGGAGGCGCGGCCGCCGUAGAAAACUUCAAGGUCGCGUCGAGGGCAUUCCGCGACAGCGUUCUCAGCGCCGACGAUUUCUACCAACAUUGCAAAUCAGCGCUCGGGCCUCAAUUGGACUCCGUGUUUCCGGAUUUGGUGGCCUUGUUGCCUGAUAUAGCUAAACAACAGGAAUUGGUGAUAGGAAGGGACAUCAGUUCGAAGCUGGAGGUCUGCUCCACUUGCGGUCAGCUGUUGUCUCCCGUGGAUCGCAUCGCCCACGACUCGGCGCACUGGCCGCCGCUGGCCUCGCGCUAAACUGUGAUAACGCACUGUGUUCACUUAGAUGUAACGAUCACAUCAGUGAUUCAUCGUAGUUAACUGUCCGUUUGACGCGUCUUACAGGGGUGCUUUGUAAUUAUUUGCUUAAAUUAUAAUCGUACUUCCAAUAUUUGGUAGUUGUUGAAAAUUUUUACCUAAAUAGAUUGUUUGUAAAAGAUAUAACGAUAUCAUUAUUAGAUUUUGACCUUAGGUACAUUAUUAAUUGCGAUUGCAACUUCUUCUGUCUGCUAGUACUUAAAUGUUGACCAUUUGUAUCAGUGUUUCUCAAAGCUAAGGUUGAUUAAAAUAUCAGAUGCAAACUCGUAUGCGCAGCAAUUACGUAAAAAAAUCAGUUUCAUCGAUAAAAGUUUGAGAAACACGAAUCCUAUAUAUUCUGUAUUAUAUGUGUUGUAAUUAAAUAAAUAGACAAACGUCAUUAAAAUGUAUGUGAUUUAUGUAAAUGUUACACUGUAAAAUAUAUUAUUUCUCUGUAAUUAUAUUUUUGUACCUUCCAACUGAACAAAUUAAUUUGUGUUAUUUUUUUUUUAUUGAACGAAAUAUAUAUUAAGUUAUUUAAACUAGAACGCUUGGUGAACGAGAUGCGUAAAUAAAAACUCAAAUAGUAUGAUA